UUUUUUCAUGAGUUACAAAAGGCAACGGUGUAAUGUUGCAUUAUGGCCACAAGGUGGCACAAUAGCAGAAGACUCGGCAGUAAGAGACCUCAUAGAGAAGCCCUGGUUUUAAGUAGUAGUAAAAAGGUGUUAACUUUAAUGUGUUAACAGACCCGGAUGUCAGUGCUGUCCUGAGAGCAAAGUACAGCAGGGGGCGCUCACAGCUCAGCUCUCUCUCUCUCUCUCUCUCUCUCUCUCUCCUUCUUCUGCUCCUCCUCCUCCAGUGCAGACCCUGAGUCUCAGGACUGUGAGUCAUGUGUUUCAGUCCAAGGUUUUGAAGUGACCAGGACCUGAUGAAGAUGAGGAGGACGAUGGAGGUGAUGGUGUUCAUGACGAUGGUCGGCGCUGCAGUGACACAGCUGCUUCAGGAGGACCGGACCAACCGGGACUCUGAGCAGAACCUGUCAGACUUUGACUGGAACCUUUGGUUUGGAGCUCCAGGUUUCACUUCCUCUUCUUUUUCACCACAGUCUCCUGGACGAAUUCCUCGUCACCUGAAAACCAUUUUAACUAAGGAGACCAGGCCUCACAUUCAGGAGCUGAGCAUCAGAACUACAAUCAUCUCCCGCUACGCCAUCACCGCCGUGUCGUGCUCGAUGGUCAACCGCCGCGCCGCUCCGGCCGAAGCUCUCUUCAGUUUCCAGCUUCCACCUGAAGCUUUGAUCUCCAACUUCACCAUGAUCAUUGCAGGGCGUGUCUUCCAGAGCAAGGUCAGACCCAGGGUCAAGAAGGUCAAAACGGGAGUCAAAGAAACGUCAGGAGGCAGAUCACCUGAGACAGAUUCCCAACAGGAAGUGGACGUCUUCAGGAUGGCGGUAAAUAUUCCACCUGGGAAUCGUGCAGUUUUCCUGCUUACGUACGAGGAGCUGUUGCGUCGCCACCUAGGUCGAUAUGAACAUGUGACGAGGCUGCGACCCUCGCAGCUGGUCAGCCGACUUCACCUGGAGGUGACGGUCGUCGACCACGCUCCCAUCAGCCACUUGGAGGUGCUGCCGCUCCGUGGUCACAGCGGUGGAUCCAGGAGUUCAGCCAAACCAGUUCCUCCCGUCACCACACAGAUCCAGAACCAGAACCAGAUCUGGAAGGUAACCUUUAGCCCCAGUAUCGUCCAGCAGGCCAAGAUGUCCACCAGUGGGCUUCUGGGAGAUUUUAUCGUCAGCUAUGGCGUCCAGGAAGCCCCGGGCGUUGGGGACGUGCAGGUGAGAGGUCACGGGGUCAAACAGCACAAACCAUAGAAGGAAAAACAGGGAGAAAGACAGACCCCACUCUUGUCUCCCUCCUCUUCUCCCCCCCCUCCCUUCU